AUGGCCUCCGCGGGGCCAUCUGGCAGCUCAGUUGCUGAGCUCGCCUCUCAGCUCUACGACAAAUGCGUCAAAGGCUUCCCUCCUGAUCAAUUAUUCUAUCAGCAAGACCUGAUGGGCUUGGGUGUUAUCCCUAAAAAUGACUUAGCGCUUCUUCUGCAAUGCGCCCAGUCGCUCGUCGAUCAGAAAUUGUUCCGUCUCCUUCAGGGCAAAAAUGACCGCUUAGCGUGGAAGGUGAUAGCGCGGGAAGAUGCUGAAAAACUCCAGAAUCUCAGCCCCGACGAAAGUCUCGUAUAUAGCGUUAUUCAUUCUACAGCCCGCUCCGGUAUAUGGGUCCGCGCCAUCGGAAAGCGAACUGGGUUACACAAAUCUAUUCUUGAUCGCUGCCUCAAGUCUCUCGAGGGAAAGAACUACAUCAAGAGCGUUCACAAUGUUAAGUUCCCCACGCGGAAAAUGUACAUGCUCGCCGGCCUCGCCCCGAGCGAGGACGUGACCGGUGGCGCGUGGUUCACGGAUGGAGUCCUGGAUGAAAACUUCAUAAACAGUGUUGCUGGGUUCAUCGAAUACACCGUGAGUCGGAAAAGCUGGUAUGAAGUUCCGGCUGAUGCAGGACAUCGCAACAAACGCAUCAAAACAAGUGAUGGAGGUUUCGCUGUGAAAUCAGAGACGUCCGAGAAGACUUACCUACCUUUCCCCUACGACUACAAAGGCUAUGCGACCGCUUCGAUGAUUACCGCAGCCGUGAAUGAGAGUGGCAUCACUCCUGUCCGCCUAGGGGAGGAUAGCAUUGUCCAGCUCCUUGAGAUGCUCUGCUAUGACAACAAAUUGGUCGCAUUGGAGAACGGCAAAUUCUACAAAGCUGUCAAGAACCCCGAUGCUAUUAAGGCGAGGCAGUCUCGAAAACCGAUUGAUGAGACAGAAGCAAAGCGGAGGCUGGCCCAAAAUGGUAUGACAGAGGCGCCUUGCGGCCAGUGCCCUGUUUUUAAGCUCUGUGCUUCUAAUGGUGCGGUCAGUCCCGAGACUUGUGAAUACUUUGACCCUUGGCUUGAAGCGGCCCUUGGGUUUUAA